CUCUCCUCUACCGUAGGUGGAGAUGGAUCUGAAGUUGGGUGUUGAAGCCUUUGACCAAGCUGGGAUCUUGUUUUAAAGCCCUGCCUAGUUUCCAGGGACCACAUCUGGGGCCAAGAGGAAGAGCUGAACUGGGCCUAGCUCCUCCCCUCCAGGACAAGACUGAGCCCAGGUUGAUUUCGGGCGGACACCAACAGACCCCACAGCAGCUCCAGGAGCCCAGACACCGAAGGCCAGAAGCAAGGCUAGGAGCUGCCGCAGCCAUGUCGGCCCUCAGCCUGCUCAUUCUGGGCCUGCUCACAGCAGUGCCACCUGCCAGCUGUCAGCAAGGCCUGGGGAAGCUUCAGCCCUGGAUGCAGGGCCUCAUCGCAGUGGCCGUGUUCCUGGUCCUCGUUGCAAUUGCCUUUGCAAUCAACCACUUCUGGUGCCAGGAAGAGCCGGAGCCUGCACACAUGGUCCUGACGGUGGGAAACAAGGCAGAUGGAGUCCUGGUGGGAACAGAUGGAAGGUACUCCUCGAUGGCGGCCAACUUCAGGUCCAGUGAGCAUGAGAAUGCCUAUGAGAAUGUUCCUGAGGAGGAAGGCAAGGUCCGAAGCACCCCGAUGUAACCUUGACUGUGGCCCCAACCCCAAGACUUCCAGGCGCCUGGGAUGGAUGCCCAGUGCUACCACCUAAGCCCCCUCCUUCUCUUUGUGGAAUCUGCAAUAGCGGGCCAACUCCCUCCAACCCCACGCCAGCCCUACCCUCCCUUGAAGUAUAGCCAGUCAAGGCUGGAGCUCAGACCGUUUCUAGGUUGGGGCUGGGCUGGGUCUGGCAUCUCCCACUCAGCUCAGGAGAGCCUUCUGAAGAGGACAGUCAGCUCGGCACCUCCCAUCCUCUCGCACGUCCUUCCCCAUAACUGUGGAAAUGGCCCUUAUUUCUGUGAAAUAAAGACUUUUUGUAUUUCUGGGGCUGAGGCUCAGCGGCGGCCCCUCAGGCUUCCAGUGAGUCUCCAUCUUGCUUUCUGAA